AUGCUGCAGGGCGCUGGACUCGCCAUUCGUUUCAUCUUUCCAUAUGCACGACUCAAGAACAUUCGAACCUCCAGCUUCUACACGGAAUGUAUCCUUACCGAUUUUGAGCGCGUCAUUGGAUAUUUCCGAAUCGAAGCAAUGGCAACAAACAAUGCAUACCCCAUAUCUUCAAACUCACGAACAAAGUUGAGCGCUUUUCGCUUCCAGGAAGGCGAAGUAGUUCCCGACGGCGCCAGCUCGAAAGACGAGACGACAUCAGUCAAUGGGAACAAACAACAUGAGGAUCCGGGCUCUAACAGUGUGAGGGAGCCGAUGCAGACUUCUUCUGAUAAAGGAUAUUCUCCGCCUCUCGAAGCUCAAGCACCGGAACCCCAAUUACAAGAAUCAAAGCCGAUUAAAGAAUGCCCUCAGACUCCGGGAAACAAGAUACCUCUGGCAGAUUUGAUCAGCAAUGCUGAGGAUUCGUUUAAUCCUGCCGAAGUCCCGGAAAUGACGCCAGUUGAUCAAGUCAUCUGGCAGCAUGUGCCUGCCAGCUCGAACCCAGACACCUCGUCCCAGACACCAGCGGGUCGUCGUAGGAAGCGCCGGCACAGCUCUUCGCCUACUGGCUCUCCCUCGAAAGGGACUAAGAAAAAGGUGCAAAAAGAACCCUUUGAUCUUAAUUCAAUACAAGUCCUAUUCAAGACACCGCAGCAUGAUAUGGCCGCUGAAUUGUGGAGUAACUACAUGGAUAAAAACAUGGUCGAUGGCCCGGAUGAUCUUCCGCCGCCACGGUUCGCAAAUCUUCUUUCCUCCUCACCCCAGACACCAGGUUCGAGCAGAACAAGUCGAGACUCGUCAGGGCUGAGACGCGCGAUUAGCUGCACCACCGAUUUCCCCACCUCUCGAACAAAACGGCGACGAGUCAAUGGACUAGAUGUCAGCCGUGGCAUAUUUCAACGAACUAACAGCAAUGUCGAAUCUGAGAGACCCAAGUCCUCCAGGAUCAACUAUCUUAUGGAGAAAAUUGAAAGAAGCAUAUACAUGGCCACUGCCGAUGCGGGUCCACCUGGAUCGUCACCCCUACGCCAACAUGUGGAUACACGGAGGUGCCGAUCGUCUUCACCCACGAAGAACUGGAGGCUUCACGAGGCCGACGAAGAAACCACUGAAUCCCCAUGUGCUGUACCACCUGGGAAGGUGAGAACUGGGAAACUGCCCAGUCUUCAAGAGUCGUCCGACGAGUUCGGAGACGAUGAUCUUGAUCAAGGUCUUCUGGACCUGGUUAAUGCCUCGGAGGAUCCUUUCAUUGAGCCGGCACAUGCAUCUACCGAGUUUGUGUCUCUGGGGUCUUCUGAAUGGGCUGGCCUUGACGCAGAAAAGUCUCGUUCAUGGCAGCCUGAAGAUUCAAUGCUCAACAGCAAGCCUCUCAUGACAAUACCCCAUAGCACUACGACUAACGAAACAAAACGCGAUGAUAUCGAUGAAUUCGAUGAAUUUGAAUAUGAAUACGAUGAUCUGCCUGACAACUUGCAGGAAAUACUUGCAAAAUGUGAUACAAAGCCCGUUCCGGUCAAUCUAUUGAAUUCAACGGCCGCUGGACCAUCUUUGCAGAGAUCAGAUACAAUGAAUACCCCGGUGAAUGGCAGUAUGCAUAGCAAACCCCCAACCGCCAUACCUGUCAAACCUGAGGUGGCAUCAUCGGAUGAUGAGUUUGAUGAUGAUUUUGAUCUGGAAGCCAUUGAGCAAACUAUGAAGCAAGCAGGUGAAGGUGGACUCGCUCAUAACCUCAAAGGUCGCCAAGCUAUCAAACGUUACCGGGUCGUUGAGAUCACGAAGAGCACAUAUGUUACUCCGAAAGGACGUACUCAGCCAGAGCAGGGCUUGCUAGUUGAAGACGAGAAAACCCGAGACCGCAAGUCUAUUAUCUUGCGAGAGUCAUGGUUCGACACUCCCUGCAGCAAGGAUUCGUAUAUCCACCUAGUCGGGGACUUCAACGCAGCCGGCCAAUGCAUUGUGGAUAAUUUGAACCACAUGAUCAUUCUUCACCCCGACCAUCUCAUUUCAGCUACGGUCGUAGCAGACUCGGUAGACUGCCAGCGACGAGCUGUGCUUCAAGAUCGAGUCAAAGUCAUUGGCGCACUCGAGCGACCGCAAGCCUUUGGAGUGUUUUUCCACGAAGUUUUUCAAGAAGCUCUCAAAGCGAACAAAUGGGAUAUGAAGUCAUUGAAGACAUUGGUCGAAACCGUCCUGGGCAGACACAUCGAAGAGCUGUACUCGAUUCAAAUGAGUAUCCCAGAAGCUGUUGAAUAUCUCAUGAGCAGGAUGCCUGCUGUUCUAGACUGGGCAGAUGCUUUCCUGCAUCUCAAGCCACAGGCCAAUUCUAUGGUUGAAGACCGCAAUAACUCUAAGCUGAACUUGAGUAUCAAUAAACUGCUUGAGGUAGAGGAGCACAUCUGGUCCCCAAUGUAUGGCCUCAAAGGCAAUAUCGAUGCGACGGUACAAGUCACUUGCCGUGAAGAUGAAAUGGAGAAGAACCUGGUGGUUCCGCUGGAACUCAAGACUGGGCGAAGGGAUACAAGCCAGUCACAUAGGGCCCAAACAGCUCUCUACACUCUCCUCCUGUCGGAUCGCUAUGAUAUCGAUGUUACAUUUGGGCUUCUCUACUACCUCGAGUUAACGAAAACACUCAGCAUCCGUGCGGUUCGACACGAACUGCUCCAGAUGAUCCAGGUGCGCAAUCACCUCUCUGGCUAUAUUCGUGAGAGGCAGCAGCUUCCACCGAUGCUGAAAAAAGCUCGUCAAUGUAUUCGAUGCUAUGCCAAGACUCCUUGUCUCAUCUAUCACAAGCUCUCCGAGGAUGGCGAUGGCGAGACCAGUGCACUUGGCGAGGAUUUCGAUGCAGUUGUUGGUCACCUGGACAACGGUGAUCGGGACUUCUUUCGCAAAUGGGAUGAACUUCUCACCAAAGAAGAAGGUAAUAUCGUGAAGUUCCGGCGAGAACUUUGGACAUUGCUGAGUAGCGAGCGAGAAGCCCUGGGUCGAUGCUUCGGGGAUGUCGUUAUCGACCCGCAUUCUGCGUAUGAGGAGAAGACUGGGACAAGGAUCAAUCGCUACCAUUAUACGUUCGUUAAAAGACAAGCGUCUCCUGGUUUCUCCUUUGCUGAAUCCCAAAUAUCUGUCGGUGAACCAAUUGUCAUUUCGGAUGAGAAGGGCCAUUUUGCUCUCACCAAUGGAUACGUGCUGCAUACUAGUUCGUCACACAUCAAGGUUGGCGUGGACCGGAAACUUCACAAUGCACGAUCAAAGACGACUGGCUUCGAUGAAGUCACAAAUCAGUCUUUCAGGGGAAUCAUGGAGAUUGGGACAGAAGAGCCUGCUGCCCUGCAGAGCCCAGACGAGCAGCUCGUUUACCGGAUCGACAAAGAUGAGUUUAGCAACGGCAUGGCCAUUGUUCGAAAUAAUCUCAUCUGUAUGAUGGAUAAAGACUUGUUCCAAGCGAGGCAGCUUCGACAGCUCAUUGUUCAGGGGCAGGCGCCUGCCUUCAAGACGAUGUCGUCUUCAUACUCGAUCUCCGAUCCUGGCAAUCUCAACGUAGACCAAAGACAAGCCAUUGACAAAGUGAUGAGCGCCAAAGACUAUGCUCUUGUCCUUGGAAUGCCUGGGACUGGCAAGACCACGACCAUUGCUCAUAUCAUUAGGGCCCUUGUUUCUCAAGGCAAGAGUGUUCUUCUUACGUCUUACACCCACACUGCCGUCGACAACAUUCUGCUGAAGAUUCGAGACGACAACAUCCGUGUACUGCGUAUAGGUGCAACCGCCAAAAUUCAUCCAGAUGUUCAGAAAUUUGCCGAUCUUGCCGCAGUCCAAAAAUCAACCAUUGAAGAACUUAAGGAUUCAUACGAAAAGCCGCAGGUCGUUGCCACUACUUGUCUCGGAAUCAACCAUAACAUUUUCAACCAACGCAUUUUUGACUAUUGUAUUGUCGACGAAGCAUCGCAGAUCACGCUCCCAGUCUGCCUCGGCCCGAUUCGUAUGGCAAGGACUUUCAUCCUGGUGGGUGAUCACUAUCAAUUGCCGCCGCUUGUGCAGAAUAAAGCGGCCCAGGAAGGAGGACUUGAUAUCAGUCUCUUCAAACUACUAUCGGAUGCACAACCAGGUUCGGUUGUCAACCUAGAGCAUCAGUACCGCAUGUGUGAGGAAAUCAUGUUACUUUCAAACACUCUGAUUUACUCGGGCCGUCUCAAAUGCGGCACGCCGCAGGUAGCAGCCCGAUCUUUGGAUAUACCCGACAUCAACGCACUAGAGAAAUUCCAUGUCGAGGACUUGAGUCAUGCUCUGUCACAGUCAACCCGAGAAAUAUGCCCGGGUGUCCCCAGUAGCCCGUGUUGGCUCCGAGACUUACUGACGCCAUCUGCGAAGACCCGCCUGGUCAACACCGAUCCCAUCGGCCCCGCAGCCCUCGAGAUAGCACAGGGAAACCGUGUCGUGAAUCACAUGGAGGUCUUCCUUUGCUCGCAACUUGUGGAGUCAUUCAUUGCCUGUGGUAUUCCCGCGCGCGACAUUGGUGUGAUCACUUUCUACCGCAGUCAACUCUCGCUCAUUCGCCAGAGCCUGCGACGCUACGGCCCAGAUCUGGAAAUGCACACCACAGACAAGUUCCAAGGCCGCGACAAAGCGGUCAUCAUUUUGAGCUGCGUCCGCAGUAACGCCGAAAACAACGUCGGCGAGCUACUGCGCGACUGGCGCCGUGUCAACGUCGCCUUCACCCGCGCCCAGACCAAGCUCCUCGUUGUCGGCAGCAGAUCCACUCUCCGUGAUGGCAACGAGCUCCUCUGCAAAUAUGUGCGCCUGAUGGAAAGCAAAAAUUGGGUUUAUAACUUGCCCAGCGGAGCGAUAGAGAAGCAUUUCUUCCCCUCUUGUACCACACAAUCGCAGCUCAUGUCUCCGGGUGCGGCUUUGACUCCUCGCUCUACCAAGGGCAAAGGUAAUGGCAAGAACAAAUUGCCUCCUUCGCGUUCUUCCCGUGAACCACUGAGCCCAUUGGGCUCCCGACAAGCAGCGCCCGGUCUACGAAAGCCUUCCAAGACAGGUGCAAAGUUGUUCAACGGCACGAAGGUGGUUGGGAAUCGGCCCAUCUUACGAGACAUAGUGAAUGACUUGACGGGCUAG